UAGGACUUACCCAGCAGGCAAAGCGCUUGGCUCUUCUAGAUCAAGAUGGCGACGCGGGUCCCUUCGUCAAGACACUGGCUCCAGAGUCUUCGAAAAUGGUAUUACAAUGCUGCAGGAUUCAACAAACUUGGGUUGAUGCGUGAUGACACACUUUAUGAAGAUGAAGAUGUUAAAGAGGCCAUAAGAAGACUUCCAGAGAAUCUGUAUAAUGAUCGAAUGUUUCGUAUCAAGAGAGCUCUGGACCUGACCAUGAGGCAUCAGAUCUUGCCUAAAAACCAAUGGACAAAAUAUGAAGAGGACAAAUUAUACCUUCAACCAUAUCUGAAGGAGGUUAUCCGUGAAAGAAAAGAGAAAGAAGAAUGGAAUAAGAAGUAAUCAUGUCAAAAAAUGUUAUCAAUAUGUUAAUCCUCAAAAUAUUUUUUAAUAAGUAUGGUUGUGCAAAAUAUGAGGUUAAUUAACCAUUUGUAAUUGUGCUGCAAAUUUAUUUAAUUUAAAUAAAUGACUAUCAUAGGAA